UCUCGUCGUAGUGGUUGCCUUUGCAAGCUACGGUGUUGUUUGGCCGGUAAAGGAAAAUUCAGAUACACUACUGCACAAGACAACGAGGAAAGGUACAAAUGUUCAAGUGAAAAUUAGCAUUUUGUCAUCGCGUCCGCUCGACCGUCGCGGCCAAACCGGUUUCAUCGGGUUUGUAACCAGUCGAAGCGGCACGUUUCCAGUCUUCUCCACCAACAAUGGAGUGAAACGUCUUCUUUGAUAUAUAAAGGGAGUAUUGAGAGAGAAAAAGCGAUCAAUUAUCUGCUUUCUUUUAGGGAAAGAAAUGAAGUGUCGUUAUUCUUUUGACCUCAAUGUCUUCUCACCUUCGUUCGUAUUCUCUAGUGUUGUGAAAGCAAUUUAUCUCGAUUAUCGGCUUUCUAAGAAUUUUUCCUGGGGUUAGUUAAGGGAAGAUCCUUUCUCAGAAGUAAUAUUGUAAGGAGAUGGAGUUGCCGUUUAAGAUUGAUGGAAUAGGAUUUUCAAGCGAAUAAUUCGUAAUGUUUAACUCGGAAGGUGUCGAGAAAUGAGUGUUGGCGUCUCCAUGAUUGGUAGUUGGUAUUUAAAAUUGCUCUUGGAAAUACUUGCGAACAUAACGAUUUCAUAUCUGACCAAAGCGUUAACAGUCGGGUUCAUAUGUCUUAGAUAGGCAUGGCUGGGAAGCAGUGAGCGAAAUAAAGAUAUCCAAGCCUGACACAGGGCCCCAUUUAAACCAGCCUGUCUGGCUGCGGUGGGUUCACCCUGAAAAUAUUCAUAAUAAAUAAUUACUUCGAGAAGUUGUUAAUACCGCCUGGUGUUAUUGUGAUGAAUGUUGUAAGGUACUUGCGAUUUUUAAAAUCCAAACGGGUUUUCGUAAUCGCAAUAUGGCUUGGCAUCAGUGGUUUUUGGGUCGGCCACUGGUUUCCAUCAGAAAAAAAAUGCUUGUUGAAACAUGUUGAAAAUUAUGUUAUCGGUUUUCUACUCGGGAAAUAGAUUUUAAGUAACGAGAAUAUUAGAGGUUUUGAAGAGUUCGUGUAUCAACCAUCAAAUUCUAGGAUUUUUUCGAUACUUUCUUUGAUAGUUUUUUGUCGUCGAAUUUUGCCGAUAGAUCGUAAAAGUACUGGGGCGUGUCUCAAGGAAGAGUUCAGAAAGGGUGUCACGUGAACGACAAGUGGGAUCUGUACAAAGUAUAUGCAGACUCGUGUGUCAGUCUGUAAGGCUACCAAUAGAAAUUUAUUCUUUCUUGAAAAGGUAACCAGGUCAAACACGAGAAACAUGUUUGUUCCGGAAUAGCUUUUGAACCUGAAAUGUAUCUCAUCAUACGGGAACUCGGCUAAUUUGGCGUGCGAGAAGCACAGUGAAAACGAAAGUUUUUGAAAACAGUUCCAUGUUUUCUCUCUUUUUCGGCUAAAUUCAUAAAAAGUGGGAGAUUUAAGUUGGGUGGCAACGUAAUACCACCGAACACGUGAUCAGGCCAAGGCCGAUAUGGCCUAAGCCUCCCGUCCCCUGUGAUAAAGUGAAUCCUUCCCACCAGCUAGUGCGCGCGUCAGCCUUUCCAUGUGGAUGUCGCAGUUUCCACGCGAGGUUUCUUUAGCUUUUCGUGACAUUUCUUUUCCAUCCAAAAAAAUUAAAUUGAGAAAAGAUCAAGUACGUAAUUACAUCUGAUAGCGAUGCAUGGUAUCUUACGAGGAUCAUCGAAGACGCUGUUGUACAAUUCUUACUCGCGAUCCUCGGCGAUUGUCGUCAAAUCGAUUGAUGGAGUGUCGACUCAAUUACCCAUUCUGUACAAUAAACUUUCUAUCCUUGGAUUCUGUCGUCCAUUUUCACAUUCUCAAAGAGGCGCCCGAAGACUUGGAACCGCGGUGAGAAAUUACAUGCGAACCCUCCGUUGGUUCAGCAUCCCAGCCAGUGUUGGUUUCGCCUACGUUUGUUAUCAACAAUUCUGGUACAUCAAAGAGAGAGAAAAACGUAAAUUACAUGCUGGUGAAUCUCUCGAACCCAGUCAAUGGCAGGUUGCAUUGUUCAAGAAAUUGCCCACAAGAGCUUGUUCACGUGCUUUGGGAGCAGUGUGCGAUAUUGACUUGCCACUAUGGUUGCGUAAACCAAUCAUUGGCUCAUAUUCGUGGUAUUUUGCCUGUAAUGUGGCUGAGGCUGUGGAGGAAGAAAUUAUGAAUUAUCCAAGUCUUGGAGCUUUCUUCAGAAGACAACUCAAACCUUAUGCCAGAAGAAUAUGUGAUGCAAGUUGUAUUGUGAGCCCAGCAGAUGGUACAGUUCUGCAUUUUGGUGAGGUGCAAAAUGACAUGGUGGAACAAGUCAAAGGAAUAACUUAUUCAUUGAAGACUUUCCUGGGACCCAACGAACCAUCUGCUUCCACCUUCAAAGAACUAGAGUCUGAUGACAAUAAGAAGCUUUAUCACUGUGUUAUUUAUCUUGGACCUGGUGACUACCACUCCUUUCAUUCACCAAGUGAAUGGAAUGUCAAGCAAAGAAGACAUUUUCCAGGAGAUUUGUUUUCUGUGCAUCCAGGAAUAGCUCGAAUGGUUGCUGGUCUGUUUAAUCACAAUGAACGUGUUGUUCUUACUGGUACAUGGAAACAUGGAUUUUUUAGUUUUACUGCAGUUGGAGCUUACAAUGUUGGAUCAAUCAACCUCAAGUUUGAUAAGGAUUUGAAAACAAAUUGUCCAGGGAGAUACUCAGAAGGAUCAUUUGACGAAUGUGAUUACGUUAAUGGUGAACCUAAGGGAGUUUCCCUCGUGCGUGGUGAGAGAAUGGGAGCAUUUAACCUUGGAUCAACAAUUGUUUUGAUAUUUGAGGCCCCCACAGACUUUAAAUUUGAUGUUAAACCUGGACAGAAACUGAAGUAUGGUGAGCCAGUUGGAUCUUCAAGAGAAGACACAGAUUAGAAAAAUUUUAGCAACUAUAAUGUAAUUAAGAAAUUGUAGGUUAGUGUUCAAUAGUGUCAGAAGUGGAGAUAAAUGUUCUUUUGUUUUCUUGGGAUGUUUAAAAGUGGGAGUUCUUUCUAAUCUCCUAAAAUCAAACACUCAAAGCAAGUUUGUACUGUCAAUGUUUGGAAAAGAUUUCCAUAAAACCCCAAACCCAUGAUCCAAAAGGUAAUGUUAUUGUCUUACCAUUGUUUUCUUCAAAUACGGUACACUUGAUGAAGUUUAGGGUUAUAUGGAAAUAUUGCCAAUAAUUUUAUAGUUUAGUUAUCAAUAAGUUGCUGAUGUUGUGGAGGGCUGUGUUGAUCAUGUGGACUAAGGGUAUAAGCAAGCUGCUGUCCGAUCCACAAAAAGAGAAAAAAAUUAAAAUACUGGUAAUUCUUUACGAAGUAAUAUCACAGAAAAGCACUGUUGAUGAAAUUAAAAGCAGCUCUAAGGGCUGCUGGUAGUCUUAUUAAUGACAUUUACAUUUAUCAACGAAACAAAGCCCACCAUCUGGUAAAGACUUAAAUUUAGUGAGUGAGUAUUGAAAAAAAUAUGAAAUUGAUUUGGGUGAACAAGGUGAUCAGUUGGAUGAUCAAUUGUCAUUGACAGGCUCUGCAAUAAGUACAUCUCCCAUCCUUGGUAGUUCUCAGUGAAACUUAAUGACACCUGAGUGUAGUUUGUUACAACACAUUAAUGCAACAUAUUGUUACUUACAAGGUUUAAGUCUUCCAUGAGUUUCAAUAUUAGUGAUGACAUGUUUAAAAUCCUGAGAAAUUUGUUGAAUCUGUACAAAGAUUAUAUUGAAAAAAAUAUUUAUUAUACAUAAUUUGUUUAUGAAUGAAUCAAUCAAAUAUACACACUUCACCUACAUUAGGUCUGCAAUUAAAAUUUAUUUUUACAAAACGUUUACAAACAAAAAAAGUUAAACAUUUUUAUAUGGAUCAGAAAGUUAAUUCUACCAAAAAAAAAUUAUUGGAAACCAAGGUUGAGAAGCAUUGAUAGACAAGGACAGGUGGGAUUGUAAAAGGAUUUCAAUUUUGAAACUUUCCUUUGACCAGGUGUAGACAAAGUAACACUAAACUAGCAAAUGUAUUUUGGUCUUAAGGAGUAUGUAAAGCUGGAAAUGUUUUGAAACCAUAGCACCACGUAAAGUCAACUUGGUUCUGUAAGUAAUGUCCCAACAAUUUGUGGGAAAUGAUCAUGUGUAUCAUUAGUUCUUACAAUUGAUAGUAAGAAAACAGCAAAAAGAAACCUUGACAAGAAAAAAAUUAAUAAAUAAAAGAACCCAAAAAUACAGAAAGUGUCGCAUUUUAAGAGCCUGUUCCAUUUGAAGAGCGAGUAUUUUUUUUCACUCAGAAUGGAUAACCUCCAAUAGUAGCUCAGCUUGGUCUACUUUUUAGCAAGACAGUUAUUUCCAAAUAUGUCUUGACUGGCUUUUACAAAAAUCACAACCAUUUCAUGUUAAGUUAAAGGCAGUUCUGGCAACCACUUUAGUCCAGUGGCCUCUUAUCAUUUGUGUUAAAACCCAUCCUUUACUGUACUUCUUGGAUUGUCAAUAAAAUGUUCUACAUGUUU